UGCCGUCAACACGAUCUGAGCAUGGCGCUGCUGAUCGUUGGCGUUCUGGUCUUGGCAAUGCUUGGGAUGGAGAUCUUCAUUUAUCGUCGUUUUACGCUUUCCAUCUCAGACUUUUACCGCGAGACCAUGACGCUGCAAACGGAGAGGAUGAGCCAGCAGAAUGUGGAGCUCUGUCAGAAGAACAAGAUGCUCCGUCUGGAGCUACAGCAGCAGCAGGAGGAGUUGAUGGAGAACCGAGAGACUCUCCAGAGAGAGAACAGGAGCCUGGUUCAACAGCUUAAAGAGUGCCAGUUGGAGCUGGAGUCCACGAGAGUGCCUUGCAGGGAGAGCAAGUCUCUCCAUGCGGAUUUUUUCCGAGACUGCAAUGCAGCACAGCGGCAAAUGUCGCUGCGCUGUGAAAACAAAGAUCUCCGGAGGUCGCUGCACGCCCACCUGACGGAGUUGAACUUCCUGGAUCCGCAGAGAGGCCAGGAACAGUUUAGGCUACGCGGGAAGCUGGUGCGUCACGAGGACAUGUGGCAUGGGGAAAAGAGGCUGCAUGAAGAGAACCUUCAUCUCAGUAGCCAGCUGAAAGAAUUGAAAUGCGCCGUGUCUCAAAUGUACCAUGAUGCCACCGAUGCCCCUUCCACCGCCGCUGCCACAGCUUCCACCACCACUUCUGCCACCACCAAGCCCAAGAAGAAGAAGAAGAGAUUUAUCCAUUGGGUGCGAAAAUUGCUGACGCGCAAGUCGGCCAAUGUAAAAACAUUGGGGAAAUUGUGAAAAUGACACCGCCCCAAUUAAAACAUUACUCAGAAAGACAAACAUACCCCAUAGAACAUCAACAUACUAUUGGGGAAAGUGCUGUACAAUAUAUAUGUAUCUAUAUUUAACUUUCUUUGCAUCGUAUGUAGUCAACCAUACCAAUGGAAGGUGCUGUUAGCGAAUAAUACAACUUAUCGGUUCCAUUCCUGAGAACUGUCCGUAAGUCGAACGGUUCAUAAGUCUGAAUACAAUAGUGUACUGUAUUUAAAUCCACAUACUGUAAGUUUUUUAAGAUGUUAUCACGGUUCAGCAAAACAUGGAAACAUUGUCAAAGUCAUAUGUAAGACAAAAUAUCGUACAUUUGCAUGCAACAAUGUAAUAAAUACUGUAUUGUGAGCAAAACAUAAAGUUACUUAAAUGGAAAAAAAAAUCUGUUUUUAUU